GAAAGCGCGAGAAGCGGGAAUUAUAUGAGCUGUGUACUAUUCGUCGGUGACACUCUGCUAGCAUCAUGGUUACAACUGAGGUCAUCGCUGAGCGUUUACCAGCUGGCACUGAGACAGUAGAGGAGGAUACCUUCUCUAUUGUCGGGGAGGAUGGUCGUCCAAAGGAACGAUGGGCACCGUUGGGUGCUAAUUCAAGUCCAGAGCCAAGUUGUACCUACCAACCGGACGAAUGGGGUGGUUUUGACUCGUCAAAUGUCAACUACGAUGAGUUUUUCAAGCUGACUUCGGAGAACGAAAGAAUGAAUCGAGCUCUAAUGGCACUUACCACGCACUUUGCUCAGGUACAAUUCCGCAUCGGACAGGUUUUGAACGCGGACGUCACUAGAAGAGAGGAAAUGCUCCGAUCGUUGGAGGAGUUUGCGUCACGUGGAAUUCCAGACCUACCGCUUUUCUCUACAUCUCCAAAAAAUCAGUCGACCACACUCAGCGACUACUUAUGCAACCUGCAACCCAAGCCUCAACAGCUGAUUGAAGAGCUGAGGAAACAGCUAGAUGAAUUGGAGUGUUUCGCAUACGAGAUUGGUGAACAGCAGGAGCCACCCACCCAAGCAACACUUGAAAAACAAAGACUCGUGCUGGAAGAACUUGGUGAAAAACUGGAUUUGGACAUAAGCAAGUUGAAUAACCUAUCUAUUGAGGAGCUAAAAUCUCUGAUCGACUCUGUCGUCCACCAAUUUAUGGACCCGUUGAAGCUGAACGAGAGGCUUGUUGAGCAACUGAAGACACAGGUCAUCGAUUUGGAGCGAUUUAUUGACUUCUUACACGACAAGUCACUUGAGUCCAUUUCAUCGUCUGUGCACGUUGGUCGCCAUCGUACUUGUUCAGUCAGUUGCCAUCAAAAUUGCGAGGCCUCGGAAGGAUCCACAUCAAGUAGGCGGACCUUACCGUCUCGCAGUAAGAACUCUCAGGAACGCGCAAUCAGCCUGUUACAAAGAGCCAUGGCGAUUCUACACAUAUUCACAUCCACUCAGUUUGCCAGCGUGACGGAAAAUUGGCUGCUGAGCACUAAAAACAGAAGUAAAAAUGGGUUCUGUGUGUCCGAUACUACCCACAAUUCGGCCACUGUAGAGCGGGCUAAAUUUCAGCACUGGGGCAGCGUUCGUGCGAGACUUGAAAUCGCUAUCGCCACUGUUCUGGAAAAGGUGCAACUGUUCCAAUCGUUCCAACUGGAGAAGGCCAAUCGCUCCGCUGCUAAGCCAACCCGUUGGUCCGUGAUACCGACCGAUUCGCAACCCAGCGCUCGCACUUUGAAGCACUCAGCCCCUCGAUUGUCCUCUACUUUUAGUGAUUUUGUAUACGCCGGUGAUCAGGUGUUUGGAACACGAAUUUCCUUGCCUGUUCAGCGGUUGCAUGGUACCCCAUUUCGUCCCACUUUAAGCGAUCGACAAUCUUCUGUCACCUCAUCCAACUUCUCUUGUAAUCCGAGUGCGCAUGGCUUUGCCUCAGGCAAACAUACCAGGAUGGCCUCUGUCCAGAACGAUUUGGAUACCGAUGAAUUUCUCUGCUCCGAAGCACAGCGAAUGGUUGUUCGUGCCGUGCGCCGUCAUCUUUGUCCUGCGCUUACCGAACUAAUCGAACAUGGAUUGUUGAAGAAACCUUUGUCGACCAUUGUUGAAGAGUCUUCCGGGAGGUUGCAACGCGCCGGAGUGCUGCUUCGACCGAUCUGGAGCUGCUUAAGCACCCGCCACCAGACUGUGUUGGAUGACUAUAUCGAUCCGAUUGACUCAGUCAGCGAACCACAUGUCGGUCACAACCAAAUGGCAUUCUCUGGCCGUCCUUCCGCACACAGCUCUGGAAUGCACGCAUGGCACGUUCUACUCAAAUAUUACUACAUGAAGAAUGGGCCACUAUACAACCAAUCGCCAGCUCGCCGACUGUCUGAAAGCUUUGAUCUUGAUUCAUACGCUGGAAAGCCAGUCACUGUUAGACAACGCUUCUUCAAUGCUAUGGGCAUCGUAUUGGAAUCGCAUUCGGCGUACAAGAGGUCAGAUGAUGCCAAGUUCAAAGCCUUCGUUUGUGUCGCUCUCAACGAAGGAAAACUGGCCUCUUGGUUACGCUUGGUGUUCAAAUGCCAACCACUUGUCACAGCAAUUUACCAACCGUGGAGCUAUGCCCUAUCCACUGGUUUCGACGAUGCUCUUCAGUCACUCAAGCGAUUAACUGAUGUAGAAUUUCAACUUCCCUAUGAUUACAGCGUACGACAUUUGCGAGAAAUUCGCGACGCAUUUUGAUUCACACCCCUCGCAACCCCCACGACGCCUCAUAAAUCUAUGCCGGUACGGUCGAGAAGACAAAUUAAACAGAGACUACUUGCCGUAUGUGUCACCGUUUUCCACUCCACGUACAUCCGCGUGACGCCAUUCCCCGUGUCUGCCUCCUGUCAGUGUUGUAUAUUUGUCCCUCACGCCACCCACCUCCCUCAGAUCUGUUGGACUGAAUCUAUGACAUUAACGGUGGCACUGAUCAAUGCCACCGAUAUUGCUUGUUGCUCCCAUUGAACUCACUACAGGACGGUUUGUGGAUGUCUUCCUUUCCUUCUUACCUCUAUCCCACAUGCCUACACACAGUACAUUGAAUAUUCGCUCGAUGUCUUCCUGGAUGACCUGGUCCUCUCUGUUAACUUUUACCCAACUGUAUGUGACUCUCAAAUUCGCGGUAAAUCCGAACUUCGCGCAUCGUGGUUACCAUGACACGACUUGACACAUGCUGGACAGCUGUGGCGGGUUCUACCGUCUUAUCAUCGUUUACCUGACUGCUCUAUUCCGGUCAUCUGAUUACUCGGAUGUAUGACCAGUUUGGGACCAAAACGUUU